ACGAUUCCAUAAAGUACUAGACCGUGUGAAAGAUUUAAUUAAUACGAUUUUUUUUUUUUUUUUUUCAUAAUCGCUUUCUAUUAACGCUCGUCUAUUUCCCGUUUCGCCAUCACGGCCGGCGAAUUAAAGUUUCACGCUACCGCAGGAAAUCUUCUUCAACGUAAUAUUGUAGAAGGGAAUCUCGAGAAGAGAUACACAUAAAUACCGGUAGGCGGCCCACGGAAAUCAUCAGUCGGCGUCCGAAACAGUACCAGCCAACAGUUUUGCAGUUUGUAUUCGACGAAAGUUCAAGAAAUAAAAACCAAACAAGAAUUCCACAAUGAAUUCCAAGGUGAGUCGAAACCGUUUUUAUCUCAAUACUCGUCAAUCGGAUAACUUGACCGUUGCGAGGCCGUGGAACCCGCGUUGAAUUCGCGUCGAAUCGGAGUCGCUAUCAAACUCUCAACGCCAAGGACAUUAUCUGUGACGCGCUGUCGGUUUUUCUCUCGGUAUUUUUAAUUUUUUUCUGCGGAUUAUAAGCGUUUUCGAAUCGUGGCGUAUUCACGCGCCCGGAUCUCGUUUAAAAAUUCAAAUGUCGAUAAAAACAAAAAAAACAAAAACCCCGGCAAGUUUCGCGGAUAAUGUACGUUUCAUCGGAUUCGUUAACGGGUCGAUCGUCUUUAGUGUUAAAACUAACCGCGCAAAUUCGUCGGUGCGGAAUGCAAAUGUUUUGCUGUUCCGCUUUUUCAAAUUUUCAGCUGCUGCGCUCGCGAGUAUCGCGUUCUCUAAUUUCUGAAACAUAACACCUUACGCCGAGAACGGUUUAAAGGGUUCAGCGGGCCCCGGCGACAAAAGCACAAAAGCAACACUGCCGGGCAUAAAACUUCGCAUUCGACGCGAUCUUGUCGAUACGCAUUUUAUACGGGCUCUUCGGAUCUUCUAGGGUCCCGGGCCCGCGACCCCUUUAAUCCGAGCUCGCCUGACGCUCGCGCGGUUUUCGUUUCAGACAUUGUACGUUUUCGUCGCCGUCUCCGUGGUUUCCGUGAGUAUGAUCGCGGCCGUGCCCUCGUACGAACAUUAUGCGGCCGAACAGUCCAACGCCGACGGCGGCCAUUACGAAUCGCACGCGCCCAAAUCGUAUCACUUCGAGUACGCGGUAAACGACCCGACCACCGGCGACAUCAAAAACCAAAACGAAGUCAGCGACGGACACGGGUCGGUCAAGGGAACGUACAGCCUGGUGGAACCGGACGGCUCCACCCGGGUGGUCGAGUACACGGCCGACGACGUCCACGGAUUCCAGGCCGAAGUCAAGAAGAUCGAAUCGCAAUACAAACCGUCGUCGUCGGAACAUAAAUUCGAACACAAGGCGCCGUCUUACCCGGCACCGGUAAAGUACACGUUCGCCGCACCCGUCGUCGAAGAACAACACUACGAUCACGAAAAUUAUUAUUCGCACUGAUUUUCGAUGAAAAAAAAUAAAAGAACCCGUGACGAUACGCGAUGCAAGUCGUUUCGUUGUAUUAUACGUAAACGGUUUUACUAUACAGAUGCCUAUUGUUUAAUUUUGUUUUGUUUUUUUUUUAUACUACGCUAUAUGUAUCUAAUCGUGUAAAUAAUAAAUAAUUUCUUAUUGAACGAAA